AUGGUCCACUUCUCCACCCUCGCACUCACCACCCUCCUCGCUGCCACCAGCCUCGCAGCUCCCACCGGCACAACCGGCCAACCCCCAAACUGCCAGCCGCGCGGCCCCCUCCGCACCAUCACCGCCAGCUAUGACCGCCUCCCCUACAACGAAGACGCCCCAAUCCCCAUCGGCACGCUCAAAGGCCUCAAGUACGACAACUUCUACCUCGACCGCGACGACGGCUUCAUCAAGCCAUCCAGCGGCAAGCAAGUCGCGCACUCAUACGACGGGUCCCAACGCCGUCUGAUCUCCGUCGCGAAGCCCGGCGACGCCUUCGAUCUCAAGUCGCUCAGCCUUGCGUGCGUGCAGGGCUAUCCGCAGAACGACUGCAGCGUCCGCAUCAAGGGGCUUGCGGCUGACGGCGUCACGUGGAUGGCGAAGGGUGUGACGUUCCCGAAGCUGAACAACACGAAGCCCAGGUUUGAGAUGAUGAAGGUUGAGUUUGACCGGAAUUGGAAGAAUUUGAAAAGUAUUGAGUUUGAGUAUGCGAAGAUUGAUGGGACGGGUGACUAUACGGGGUUGGAGAUUGAUGAUUUGGUUUAUGCGAAGAGGGACUGCAACUAA